CAAAAGAAAAGAGCCAUCUCCCCCAAGGCUGAAUGAAUUUCUCUCAUUUACUCAAUUUCCCAAAUUGAAAAAGGGCAAAAUAAUGUUGAGUGGAGGGUACUGAUUACUGAAGGGGUCUGAGGUAAAGAAACAGAAAAAGUAAAAGAGUUAGUAGCAGUAAAAGCUCAAACCGUACAAUCUUCUGAGUGUGCAGGCAGGCAGGGAUUGGGCUUUCUUUCAGACACCAACAACUCUCUUCAACACCAUUUUUCAAAAGACCAAAAAAAAAAAAAAAAAAAUAGAAAAGAAAAGAAAGAAAAACUAUUUUUCUCUUUUGUUUUUUUUACAGUUUUCUUUUUAUAAUGCACUAUCUUCUCUUUAGUUUAUGGGUUUCCGUAGAGUUGUCAGAGACAAGAGCUGCAACAGAUGCAGCUUAGCUGCAGCAGCACCAGAAGCAACAGAGAGGUGCAGUCAUAAUACGAGUAGCAGAGAGAGAAAGAGAGUGGUGUCAGCAUUAUAAUCAGAACCAUUAGUUUUAUCCAUGUACAGAAGAUUCUGCAGGCCAAUGGUCCCUGAAAUAAAUAUACCUACUCUACUUCUCCUUUUCUUCUUCUUCUUCUCCUUCUUCUUCUUCAAAGUUCAAGCUUUUCUCUUUCUCUAGUAAAAAAUAAAAUCUUAUUAUAGUACUAAUAAUAACCCACAUUCAUACUCAUCACCACCUGCUUUCCCUGUUUAUUUCUGCAGCUGUCUCUCUUCCUUUCACUUCACUGUUAAUCUCCUUCUCAAGAAGGACAUCCUUUCUUUUUCUUCUCUGUUUGAUAUUUGAGAAUUCGAAGUUACCCUUUUUCUUGUUCUUGGAUAUCAUGAUGAGUGGAACAAACAAGUUUCCAUUCACUGCGUCUCAAUGGCAAGAGCUUGAACAUCAAGCACUUAUCUUUAAGUAUAUGGUCUCAGGCAUUCCUAUUCCAUCUGAUCUUCUCUUUACUAUCAAGAGAAGCUGCUUGGACUCUCCCCUUUCUUCAAAGCUCUUUCCUCGCCAACCUCCUCACAUUGGGUGGAGCUGUUUCCAAAUGGGUCUCGGUAGAAAAAUAGACCCAGAGCCGGGAAGGUGUAGAAGAACAGAUGGAAAGAAAUGGAGGUGCUCAAAAGAAGCAUACCCAGAUUCCAAGUACUGUGAAAGACACAUGCAUAGAGGCAAAAACCGUUCAAGAAAGCCUGUGGAAGUUGCAAAUCAAACAGCAACAACAACAAACCCAACAGUCUCAUCAGUCACCAAGAAUCACUCUAAUUUACUAACCCCACCUUCUCACUCUCUUUCUUUAUUGUCAUCCGAUCAGUCCCACCUUCACUAUGCUGGUUACCAUUCCCAUCUUAACCAUCAGUUCUUGUCUUCUUCACAUACUACAUCUUCAAGACCUCCUGGAAUUGGUCUUUCACCACAAGACAACUCUACUCCUUUGCUUUUGGACUCUAAUGGUUCUUGUUCCCUUGCUAGCGCAGAUUACAGAAAUGCUUACGGGCUGAAAGAAGAGGUUGAUGAGCAUGCUUUCUUCUCAGAAACCUCUGGUUCAAUGAGAAGUUUAUCUGGUUCAUCUUUGGAUGAUGCUUGGCAAUUUACUCCACUAACAAUGAGCUCUUCCUCUACUACUUCAAACCAAAGGAGCUUGUCUGGUCUAAAUAAUGAGUACUCUUACUUGCAGCUCCAUAGCUUAAGUGAUCAUGACGCACCUAAACAACAAAAACAAUAUCAUCAACAAAGUUAUUUUCUUGGAACUGAUAUGAAAUGCUCAUUGCCUGAGAAAGAAGAAGAGCCUCAAAAGACUGUUCAUCGCUUCUUUGAUGAGUGGCCACCCAAGAACAAAGAUUCAUGGCUUGAUUUAGAUGAUAAGUCACCAAACAGUACUUCAGCAUCAACAACUAGGCUCUCAAUCUCUAUUCCCUCCUCUUCACACGACUUUCCCAUCUUCAAUUCAAGAACUCAUAAUGAUGGUUGAGUUUUCAGGUGGGGAAUUCUGAAAUGAAGGCCAAGAAUGUACUAACUUGGUGGGGUAGCUGUUUUUUGUUAGGUUGAAGAAGUGCUUUGUAUUUUUGUUUUUCUUCUGUUGCUUCUUAGCAAAAAUGUGGUUGGGAUUGAAUUAUUAUGUGUAUGUUUAAUGAAGUAUCCAAUGUAUUUCUGCA